AUGGGUCGACUAACUAAGUUUCUGUCCGACGCGGAGAAAGCAGUGAGACAAGCUGGGAGGGAUCUGCAGCAGCAGCAACAGCAACAGCCUGCUGGGUACCCACAAACGCAACAGGGUCAACAAACUCAGCGAUAUCCUAAUGCUCCCGGAUAUCCGGUGCAAUACCAACAGCAGCCACAGCAGCAAUACUAUCAGAGUUACCCUCCUCCACCAGUGCAACCCCAAGUGGAAGUCCAGGGUUCGCCUGUGACCUCGCCGCCGCCGCAGCAGUAUCACCAACAGCAAUACCCUUCUCAGGCUCAGCAGACUCCCCAGGAGCUGCCAGCAAGCGGAAGUACUCCAGUACUUCCCCAGCAUGUUGAAAUCUCACCCAACCAAGCUGCCUUCAACAGAGGUCCCAGCACCCCUAUGCCAUUGGGAAUUCAGCCGGUAACUGAAUGUAUCGACGGACCAUUCACACUACCGACUUACUGGUUCAUCCACAGUUCCUACCCAGAAUUCGUUAUCUGCAGUCGCUGCUACGCAGAUCGCAUCCUCAACUCACCGUUUCGAGACACGUUUACACCGGUAUGGUACGAUGAUAGAUUGGAACGGCAAUGUUUGUUCGGAACGCCUCGUGUCAAAGAUAAUCUUUGGCCCGCUGCUCUCUCAUCAAUGAGUCUCGAUAGCAUGAUGAGCUUCAUGGCCACGAGACCUGCGCUGGGUCGUUGUCCAGAGGAUAAGUCAGUCGAGGGACAUGAGUGGUAUUCCCCACCCGAUCGGCCGGAGAUGGCAAUUUGCAAGCCUUGCUACGAAGACUACUUUAGACAUACCUCGUUCGGCAACAGAUUCAGUAUACAUAAGCCUCAGGGCGCAGCAAGUUGUGAUCACAAUCUCUGGUACAUCCGCCGUAUGCUCAAGCGAUAUUCACCCAACAACAACUGGACAGCUUUCACUACGGAGUUCUACAAAAGACUGCAACUCCCGCCGUGUCCCAAGGCACGACCUAUCGCAGGUCCAGAGAGGACUUGGUUUAUGUCCUCUCGCGGCCCAUCCAACUUCUCGGUCUGCGAAGGCUGCUAUUGGGAUUACUUCCACGAGUCUACCGAGAGUCAGUCUUUCCACACAGCCCGUCUUGGACCUUCACAGGAAGCCUCGUGUGACAUGGGACAGGCCAACAUGCUCAUCCCAAUGAUUCGGGCGGUUGAUAAGGGCAACUACCCCAGGUUCUGGAGCACUCUGCAAAGUCUCUCGCAACAUCCGCCUUGUAAUCCUCAGGGUGCAAGGGGCAUUCGCUGGUAUACGCUUCCGAGUGAUCCUCCGGAUUUCGAUGUUUGCGAGACGUGUAUGGCAGGCACCGUAGCUACCAUGAACAUGACGCACUUCUUCAAAGUUAAACACUCUGUUGGACCAUCUGAGGCCCGCCUCUGCUCAUUCAACCUGCCUGGGUACCCUCGUGGAGUGCUCUUCUUGCAGAAGUUCGCUGAGGCAGCUUACAUCAACGAUUGGCGACCACUCAGCGAAUUGGCAGUAGAUCUGAGUACCGCACCAGGGUGUCCAAAGAUCAAUCUCGAAUUGGGGAAGAAUCGUCGAUGGUGGGGAUGGGAAAAUGCCCAUAUCUGUCAAGAAUGUUACGUCGUCGUGGCGAAGGGCACGAAGCUGGAAAAACACUUCACCAUGAAGGGAAACCAAGUCGCCGAGUCCCGACUCUGUGACCUCUACUCCCCUCGCAUGCGACAACUCUACAAGAACGCCUGCAAAACUCAAGACCUAGCAUCCUUCCUAUCGUUCGCGCUUCAACGUCGCCAGGUCUAUCUGCGGACAGUCCCCGAAAUGAACAGGAUGCUAGCAGCUGCCAAACACGCUCUGGGUCAGGCUCAAACACUUGGUCUCGCAGCUGUGACGUUUAGCGCAGCGGGAAAUCUGAACGCAACAAACUUUUAUUAUGAUCAUACAGUGGGAAACUCGACGGUUGGACAUGGGUACCAGAAUGAGCAGCUGUUGCAGGCGGCGAUGGCAGAUCAUUCGAUGCAACAGGUCGGAGCUGCUGCAACGGGUCCGGCGGCUGUGGCAAGGGUUGGAGUUCUGGAGAGGAUGUGGAAGCAGGUUGAAUAG